UCCCACGACAUAGCACUGGCUGUUGCUUACCUGCACACAAAACGAAUCCUCCAUCGAGACCUGUCCAGCAACAAUGUCCUCCUGAAUCCCGGCUGCCAGGCUAAGGUGACCGACUUUGGCAUGUCACAAGUAGCAGAUUCGAAUCACUCCAUGACACGCAGUCAAGUAACGCAAUGCCCAGGAACACUUGCCUACAUGCCUCCAGAGGCCCUUUUGCCAAAGCCACGUUAUUCCGAAAAGCUCGACAGUUUUUCAAUGGGAGUCUUGAUGAUCCAAACCAUCACACGCAAGUUCCCUGCCCCCACUGAGGCACAUAUCACUCGUGAAGAUCCAGAAUCCUCAACCGGUAUAGUCUAUAUCCCUGUUUCAGAAGUAGAACGCCGUAAAGCUGACAUAAGCGGAAUUUCAACAAUGCAUCCCCUCUUGUCGAUCGCCAAAUGUUGCCUGAAGGACAAGUACCAGGAGCGACCUAAUGCCAGCCAAAUUUGCCAGAGCCUUGCAGAUCUGAAGACCACAGUGGCAUACAAGGUCAGCACCACAGAAACCUCAGAUUCUACGAUGGAAGAAGCCAGCGUUGAGCAACCAAUUAAAGAGCAGUGUGAAAACCAGCCACAGAUAAAAAGACCUCAACUACAUGAAACUGCUGAGAGAGGAGAUGUGGAGGCAGUUAAGAGGCUGCUUGCUACUUCUUCCGUUAAAAUCAACUCCACGACCAAGCAAGGUGAAACUGCACUUCUGUUAGCCUCAUGGAAAGGCCACGAGGCAGUUGUUCGUCUGUUGAUUGAGGCACAUGCUUCCAUCAACCUUAAAGACAAGGAUGGGCUGACCCCACUCUACUGGGCUUCAUUUAAAGGUCACGUUGCAAUAGUAAGACUACUGAUACAGUGGAAAGCAGAUGUUAAUGCAUGUGAUAAGAAAGGCUUCAGUCCAGUGCUUGUAGCCAGCCAGAAAGGUCACGAAAGUGUAGUGGAGCUCCUGAUUGGUGCAGGAGCAAAUAUUCAUCUUGGCACCUCUGAGAGUGACGAUACUCCUCUGGGAAUAGCAGCAAAGAAUGGACACAUUGGAAUUGUUCGGAAACUUAUGAAUGCAGGAGCAAAUAUCCACCAUCCGAACAAGGCCGGUCUCACCCCUCUCAUCCUGGCCAUAAUAGGUGGCAAUGCAGAAGCAGUAAAAUUUUUGAUUCAGAAGAAAUGUGAUUUGGGCAUCAGCAAAAAGGUAAUUGGUAGGUUUAUGUAAUUGGCGAGCGAAGCGAGCCUACCUAGUCGUGUUAAUGCUGGAAUUUUCUACACUAUGUGACCACUCUGUUUGGCACUGCACAUAAUGCUCUACAUGAUUCUAAAUACGUACAACAAAAACGUGCGAAAUAUUGAACUGCUCGUGCUCACUCGCCAAAAUUUGCGUUGCAUUCCUCUAGUAUUAGUCAUCAUUUCACAAACAUAGAAUAUCUUUACUUACUACCCAGGCUGGUUAUAGUCCUCUGUUUAUAGCCAGUGAUAUUGGCCAUACAUGUAUAGUGGACUUACUGGUUGAAGCAGGAGCAAAGGCUAAUCUGGCCUCCACUGAGUCUGGAGAUGUUCCUCUGGGGAUUGCAGCUCAUAACGGACAUGCCCAAACAGUUGACAGGCUGUUACAGGCAAAAGCCAAUGUAAACUGCCGAAACAAGAAAGGUAUCAGUCCACUGUAUGCUGCCAGCCAGGAAGGCCACAUGGAUAUAGUAGAGAUUCUAAUUGAAGCAGGAGCAAAGAUUUAUCUGGCUACUGAGUCUGGAGAUGUUCCUCUGGGGAUUGCAGCUGAGAGGGGACACUUAUCAGUAGUUAAGAGGCUGUUGCAGGCAAACGCCAAAGUCAACUCGCAGAACAAGGCUGGUGUCACUCCGCUCCACUUGGCCUCAUUAAAGGGUCAUGUAGCAACAGUCAGACUACUGAUAAUGGUUAAAGCAGAUGUUAACAUCUGCGCCUUAGCAAAGCCUUGUGGGGAUGAAUCUCAUUAGUUCAAAACCACAAGUGCCGUGCUCAACUUUGCCUUUAUAAACUCGUGAUGUCAGAGAGAGAAGUUGCGGUAUGCUUUGCUGAUGAGGGCUAACAAGCCCGAAACAGCUGUCCAGAGCUCCACAUCUUUUUUCUCUUGGCAUCACGUGGUCUAUUGUUACAUCUGUAUUGAGGUAUUUCCCCACAAUUACUCUCAAAAUUUGUGACACUUGUGCAAUGAGCAGAAAGGUUGUAGUCCAGUAUAUACUGCCAGCCAGGAAGGCCACACAGAUAUAGUUGACCUACUGGUUGCAGCAGGAGCCAGGAUUAAUCUGGCUGCUGAGUCUGGAGAUAUUCCUCUGGGGGCUGCAGCUGAGAAGGGACACUUAUCAGUAGUUAUGAAGCUGUUGCAGGCCAACGCAAAAGUUAACUCGCAGAACAAGGCUGGUGCCACUCCUCUCUACUUGGCCUCAUUAAAGGGUCAUGUAGCAACAGUCAGACUACUGAUAAUGAUGAAAGCCCAUGUUAACAUCUGUAAUAAGAGGGGUUAUAGUCCAGUGUAUGCUGCCAGCCAGGAAGGCCACACAAAUAUAGUUGACCUACUGAUCAAAGUUGGAGCUGAUAUCCAACUGACAAAUACUGAGCAUGGCAGUGUUCCACUGGAGAUAGCUGCUAUGAAUGGACAUGUCCAGACUGUCCAGAGAUUGUUGGAGGAGAACCCAUAUAUCAACCACCAAAAUGAGGUUGGUCAGACUCCUCUCUACCUGGCCUCAAGGAGCGGUCAUUCAGUAAUAGUGAGAAUGCUGAUUCAGAGAACGGCUAAUGUUAACAUUUGUAACAAGGAUGGUGUAAGCCCACUGUAUGCGGCAAGCUUUAAAGGCCACUCAGAUGUUGUACAACUACUUGUCAAUGCAGGAGCUAAUGUUGACCUAUUUUCCUACAUGGUAUAUAAGGAGAGAGGAGAGAAACACAAAGCUCCCAGAAUGGACAAUGACACUGGUGACCCUGCUCUUUGUCAGUCUUACCACAAUAUAGAGGCAAUCGGUAGUUAUGAAGGUUUAUAUAUAGCUCCAGGUGAAG